AGAGGAUGGGACCGCGAGAGGGAAAAUGUUAAUUUGAGUACGAACAUUGAUAUUUAAAUAACUCUUUCAACAGAUGGUUUGUAAAACGUUCAUGGACAUUUCUAAAGACAACAUUGGUUUUGUUGUAGGUAAAUGAAAUGCCCAAGCCUUGUACAGUGUAGAUAAGCUAAAAUGGAAGAAGAAAGACACUCUCCAAUCCCUAUACCAAGGGGUUCCUAUAAUUUAAACUUUGAUGAGAUAGAUGAAAACACAAAUCCAUUUGCAACUAAAUCAGUUGUAGGACAAUCCCCACCAGUUGGUGGAAACACAAAUCCUUUCCAAACUGUAGCAAAAAUGGGUCAUUCACCCCCCACAAACUCCAACAAUAACAUUUACAAUAUAGAGGAUCCAUUUAAAAGUAAGAACACGCUUUCGUCAUCUCCUCCAUCAACAACGCAACCCAAAAGUCCUGCUCAAGUGUCAGAGGAGUCUUCCUCAAAUCCUGUAGUACCAGAACAGGAACCCGUUAAACAGGACAACAAAAUGUCCCGUACAUCCGAGGAACCCCAGGAAGGAAUAACGAGCAUGGAACAACAAAGCCUUUCUAAUGAAGAAGACAUCAAGCCCACGGAUAUCAAGGAAGAACCUAAAAUGCCUGAUGAUGAACCAAAAGAUGACAAGACGAAAAUGAAACCACCAAGUAAAAAACCUGCUGGUAAAAAAGGAAUUAAAAAGCCAAAGAUAAGAUCCAAGUUUAAACCUCCAGAGAAUUUUGGAGCACAGUCACAGGGCGAUGAUGACAUUCACAUUUUUGUUCCGAAGAAGGAAAGUAGUCCAUCACCACCAAGAGAGGAAGAGCCUGUCAAAGUGGCAGUGCCAGGCACUGAAGAACCUGAUUCAAAACAGGAAACAACCAAUGAGGAGGCUGCAACAGGGUCAGGUGAUGCAGAAUCUUCCAAUCAGAUGGCCCAGAGUUUGGAGAUGAUGCAUGACUUUGGAGCUGCUGAGAUGCCCGAUUCAGAUGAGAAUGAAGGAUUUGUGCCUGCCAAUGAAGUUUUCUCUGACACGGCCGACUGGGAAAUGUUGGAGAAGUUUGGUAGUAAAGGCCAGGGAGAUCUGGCACGGGAUUCCUUGUUUACCAAGUUUGACCCUCUCGUACAAGAUAGUACUGCCAGUACAGUGCCAGACACCAGUCUGAUCAGGAAUGACAACACAGAAACCCAGGCUGACCAGAGUGUGGAUUUGCUGUCGAUGACGACCCCCCCUGCCCCUAGUAAGACGUCCCGCGUCCCCAAACAUCCUGCAGCCCGCGUGCUUGAGGAACAGGUUGAAGAGAAUGGCAAUGCACAACAGAAUGCCAGUGCUCGCUCAGUCGACAAGAUACUCUUCAGCCCAACGAACAAUGUGAAGCCACAGUCUCCACCUGAUGAAAUUGACGGUACCAGAUAUUACGAUGCUUAUGACUUUCCACCCACUGCCAGGGGCCGUAACUCUAGAGGCUCAAAGAGUGAUGGGGAUGGGGAUCGAAGUGGUUACAAGAUGGAGAACACGGAGUCAGUGGUACAACUUGUCCAAGAAAACAGUUUACAGGUGCUAAAGUACUCACAGUCGGAGUGGAAUAAACUAAAACAGGACCUGGACUUGGAAUUCCAAGCCAAGCUUCUCAAUAAAGAAAGAGAAUGGAGUCGAAAACUUGCUGACCGAGAGAAGAAUUUAUCUCGUCUCGAGGAUCAGUGCAAGAGCUUAAAACAAGCCAAUCAUGACAUGAGGUGUGUUGUGGCUGAGUUUGAAAAAACAAUCGCCCAACUACAGGCGGAAAAAGAAAAAUCAUGCUCAGAAUCUCAACAGUCUAUGGAGGAUGUGGUAAAGGAGAGAGACCAGGCCUUAGAAGAUCUGCAGUCAGUUGAGAUGGCCUUCUCUGAUCUCCAUCGUCGUUACGAAAAAACCAAAGGGGUUGUGGAAGGCUUCAAAAAGAAUGAAGAAGUUUUAAAGAAAUGUGUUCAGGAUUACCAGUCCAAGCUGAAGAAAUCGGAAGAAAAGCUUCAGGAUGUUCUCCAACAGGCAGAAGACAAGUUAGACCUAGCAAAUCAAGAAAUUGAAAAAGUGAAAAGGACAACAACAGCGGAUGUAGCACGACUGGAAGCAGCCAUGCGGAAAUCAGAUCUCCGUGUUCAAGGGCUAGAGAAGACACUAGAACAAAAGGUCCAGGAAAACCAGGAAUUGACAGCAAUUUGUGAUGAACUAAUAGCAAAAGUGGGGUCAGACUAGUGGCUCCCUCUAGGCAGAUUCGGACAUUAUAUUACCUUAUAUGGACAUAGCAAGGAGUAUCCACAUAAAACAUUUUUGACUCCGUCACGGAUGUGGAAUUGACCCAGUCUUGGAUGUGGAUUAUCCUAAAGUGUGUCCUGCUUGAUGAUGUUUGGAUGACAAAAUUUGUGGUGAAAGUGAAGUAGAAUGAAAGUUCCAGUGUAAAUGUAGUUUACAUGGGGUCUAUACGCAAAGUCAGUCAUCUUUUUUCAAAUAUUUGGACAGUAGAGAUAACAGGUUUAGUGGGAUAUAUGUGAAAAACGCUUUCGAUAUGCCAGAUUGGUAGCCUGUUAACAUAUUGAGUUGAAUGUAUAUUUGAGUAUCGGUCUCUGUUUUAGGAACAUUAACACUUCGUUACUAAGAACCCUUUAUAUUUGUGCAGAUUCUGUGAUUCUUAAUACUGCUUUGUGGAUCUCAUUUGCAGGGAGUGAAUUAGCAAGCACAAUAGCAUUACCAAAUCAAUAUUUUGUGGGAAUUUUAUUUUAUACAAUGGAAGUUGUGAAAAUAAAAAUCUCCCCAGAGAGCUAUGUCGUCAGGGCCUUGUUCUCCCACCUUGGUCUAUGAUAAAUGUUACUAUGGAAACCAUAUAUGUAACCAUGGUAUAUAGGAAAUGCUCCGUUACCGUGGUGAUAUAUACAGUUGUUGACGAGUAUCAUGUCUCAAUAAACAAGGUAAUUGCGGUUCAUGAGGAAUUUCUUGGGCAUACAUUAUUUCAUGCUUCAUGAUAAAUUUUCUGUGACCACUGUUACUAGGUUAACUAUAGGAUAAUGAGUGGCUUAUCUAUAACCACAGUUAACGUUAGCUUGUCUAAAACAAGUAACAGGUUAUUGUGGUUUAUAAAGGCUUUUCUCUAACAACAUUUAUCAUCAUGGUUCAUGAGAAGUUUUUUUUAAAACCAGUUUUCGUAGUUUAUUAGAAACUUUUUUUAAACUGUUCAUGAAAAGGUUUUUCUGUAACUACAGUUAAUCAUGGUUUAUAAAAGGCUUUUCUGUGGCUGCAAUAAAUCAUGGUUGAUGGGAAGCUUCUAUGUAACCAUAUAUAUCUCACUUGUUGUGGUGUAACCAUAGUUACCAUAUUAAGUUAUGAAGCAGCAGUUGAUCAUUUCUUAUGUUGACAAGUUUCUGUGAUCAGUUUUCUGUUGAAAAUAUUUUAUUAUCUGUAUUAAAGUUACACAAGAUAUUUGACCUUGUAAGUUGAAGGUCAUACAUUGACCCUGGAUUAUCUGCAUGUGUAUGUGUAGUUGGGUACAUGAUGUACAAGUUUUAAGUCUUUCGUAGUUUUAGUUAUGGUCUAUGUCACAUAUCUCGUUUGUCGGUACAAGCUUUGUCUGUCUCCACACACCAGUUACAGGUAGCCUCAUUCUGGUGGGCUUGUAAUAUUGUUUAUUGUGUCAAAGGAUUUGCUAAUUAUUAAAAAUCAGAAAAAUAGUUCAUUGGUUUCAUAGAGAUGUUUAGUCUCUAUCCAAGCCAACAGAUAUUCCGUACCUGUAUGUAUGAUUUUGAAUCGGACUACACUUUAGUCUAGAUCCCUGCAUCUCUUUUGAUAUACAUAUGUAGUAUAUCAGUCUAGUUUUCUGCAUCUCCUUUGAUAAAGUAUAUCAUUAUAUUGUAACUGACCAUUGAAAUUUGCAAUUCAAAAUAAUUCAUAUUUAUAAAAGAAAAUGCAUGUGUUCAAAAUUUCAAGUCUUACAAAAACAUUUCGAUCAUUAUGCAAGAUUUUUGCUUUGUUUUCAUUUUUGUCUAUUGUAAGAACCCAACCAGGUGUUUGACAACUGUACAGAGAAAUCUAGAACUUCACAAAGAAGAUUUUGAGGGCUCCUGACUUUUUAUAUUCUUGUGAAUAUAGUUCACUAAGAAUCCAAAUUUACACAACACAGAAACAAAUAACAGGAAUUUUGUAUGAAACAUCCUCACCACAAAUUGACAGUUUGAUUUAAAUAUUUGCAAAGUUCGAUUUAUUUGUUGUUAAUUUUGUAAUAAUUUCCAAAGUGUUAAUUUUUAGACAACAUUACCAAGAGUUUGUUUCAUGGGUUUUUGUUAUACACCCCCCCCCCCCCCCCCCCCCCCCCCCCCCCCCCCUCCCUCCCUCCCUUUGUUAACAGAUUUUUUUACCCGAGUACAAGGGUCAUAAUUAUAUAAAUACAUAUUGGUCAAUUUCAGGAAUAGUCCAAUAUUAUGUUUAAAUUUUCCUAUUAGACACCUUGGCUUUUCAGAGAAAAUUAAUUAUUAUAAUUAUAGAUGUGUUAUUGCUACUGUUUAUUGAUACAUAGUGCCUAUUAUUUUGUCAUUGGUUUCUGUAGAUCAGCAUUUUCUGCGGUUUUAUUUGUUAUCGCUAUGGAAACUAAAAUGGAAGCUUUUACUGUCUGGGGAUAAGAUCAAAGCCUUGUUUGUCUGGACAGUUUGAUUUCUGAAGGGUAAAAACUGAACAAUGGAAAAAAAACUAUAGAGAAUAGGUAAUAGUGAAACUGAAAUAAACAUACCAUGGUUUUAUUUAUCUUAAUCUGUCCGCAAGUAUUUAAUCAUUAAGAAAAUGUUUAUAUCAUCUUUAAAGUGUAGCAUUUUGGUCCUAGUCAAGAAAUUAUUGUCACGUUAGAAAUGAAGGGCAUUGUUUUGGACUGAAAAAUGCGCAUUUAACUGACAAAUUAUGUGUAAAUUGUUAAGGUGGUAUAGCAUACUUCUUAAAAAAAUCAUUCUCUGAUUAUUGGAAUGGGAAAGGAGUUUCACAGAUAAGAGAUAUGUAUGUGUUAAUAUUAUAGUUAUCAUUUGCUAAACCAUGGUCACAUGAAGGUUAAUAUUUUGAGAUAUUGACCUGAUGUUUCUAUAUUUAGAAACUUUUUUAUAUAGACUGGUAGAAUAUAUAUAUUGACCUCAGGCUUUGUCCUCGGUCAAUAUCUUAUUUUACCAGCUUAGAAUAACAGCUCUAUAUUGACCUCAUCAAAGGUUCAUAAUUGAUAAAUAUGGUGAUAAUGAAAAAAUAUUGACCUCUCAUACAAAUUAUCAAAACCAGAAAAACAAAAAAUGUUUCCCUGAUUGAUUAGCCAGGAUACCUCAAAGAAAUGCCUUCAGUUCCCAACACUAUAGGAGCUCACCGAGGUCCAGUUGUUUUUAUAUUUUAUAUGUACAAACAUGGUGUACAUGCAUGUAUCAUUAAAGAUAGUUUUAAUUACAAAUUGUUAACAAUUUCAGAACAAUUAAGUUGUAUUUUAUUGUAUCUUGUUUUACGAUAUGAUUUUAAUUGAUUUUUUUUUGCAUCUAUUGUUCUUUAAAUAACGAAAUGUCCUAACGAUAUAUGUAUUACGGGAAGCAUACAAAUUUCAACAAGCUAAAAUUUCAGUACAUCAGCAAAGUUGACAGUGUAAAAUAGAUAUGGCCUGGGACAUCCACAGUACUAACUGUAUAUAUAAAUUAUUUAUUGCAUUGAAGCAGUUAGAAGUUAACAUAAAUGUUUAAAACACCAAAUAUAAUUACUGCUAUUGAAAAUUUAUUUAAGUAAAUAUUUUAUUUACUGGAUGAUGAUGUUGGGAGGGGGAGGGGGUAAAUUUGUUGUUUCUUAAUAUUUUUAAUUACUGGGUAUAUUGCCAGGACCUAGUAGGAGAGGUAGGAUAAUGUAGAAAUACACUUAUUUAAUGUACAUAAUUUUACUGCCAGCCCUAUAUAUAUAUAUGUAUACUCCUUGUAAUUUUAUAUUCAUUUAUUAAAUUCUAGAAUGAUAAUUUCAUUAUCACUUGUAUGUAUAUUUAUGCACAUGCAAGACACAUAUGUGUAUAUGCUGUUGAAUAUGUAUAACUUGACCACCCACUAAGUCAAAUGUAACCAUGAAAGUAGGUUGUUAUCUCAAGCUUGUAUCAAUAACACAUGUUUAUGAUUUUUCAUGUGACUUUAAAACAUUGUGCCAGAUCACAUGAUCAUCACAUGACUCACCCUCUAGUAUCAUGUGAUCCAUAGCCUGCCUUUCAUACCACAGAGAGAUCUAUAACUCUUUACUAUGCCUUCAGAAAUUAGCUGCAUGCAUACAUACUUUAAAUCACAUUACUUUCAACAUUUUUAACCUAUUAAUUUUUUUCAGAAUUUAAAAUUUUCCUUGGUAUACAUUAAAACUUUUCAUUCCGUGGGAGUUUGGUCUUUUAGAUUUGCUGUAUAUUUACUGUAUACAUUUAAGUAUGGUUGCCAUAGUUACAAAUUGAAAUUGGUAUAAACUAUCUGAACAUACAGCCAAUUUUCUUUGGCUUCUGCUGGAAACCAUUAUAAGCAUUUGCUUGAACAAAUUUAGUAUCAAACAAAGAUGUGUCAGGGUAUAUGAUUAAAUUUUAGAUAACUGUAGCUUGUCAAACAUUUUGUGAUAAAAAGAACAAAGUUACCGAAAGUAGCUGGAGAUUUAAGGUACGUACUCAAUAAAAAAAGAGCUAGUUUUAUAUAUUUAUACACUAUAUUAAAUGAAAUAGACAUUUCAGUUGGAGUGAGCAAACAAUUUUGACACAUUUGAUUGAAGAUGAUAAUUUCAUUUCCAUCUGGUGGUAUUCAUAUGGAAAUGACUUCCCGAUAAGGUUGUUGUAUAUAGCAAAACAUGAUGUAUAAGAAAACUACAUAUGUAGAUAAAAAUCUUGAGGAUUCUUAAUGUUCAAUUUAUUAGAUACAUCUGUAUUAUCCCUCCUAAGCUAUUUCAUUUACAAAUGUUUGUCAGCACAAAAAUAUCAUAAAAUUAUCAUAGCUAUGUUCGCUUUAAAAACUUAUUCCAUACAUCAGAAUAUGGUCUAUCAUUUAAAUCUAAAUAACCAGAUAUUGUCAUUACUGUAUUCUGGAACAGUGAAUUAUUCCUCAUAAUGGACUUAAUUCAUAUCCUAUAAAAUCAGUCAUGAAUUUAAAAACCCUUGUUUCAAUUAAUGUUAUGAAAUCUUCCUCCAUAUGGAUACGAGUUUGAAAUUGUUUUAUGUUGUUAUUUACAAAAUAAACCUCAGAACAGACAUGAAUGUGUUGGAUGAAUAGGUUUCUGGACAGUUACAUGUAGAGAGAUAUAUCAGAGUGGAAAAUAAAACUUGCAAAAAUGAAAAAUAAAAUAUUUUCUGGACCAGACACAUAAGGAAUGGGAGUAAUGCUUUUUUACAGAUGGUCAUAACAACAAAAUAAUUGUACCUUACAGCAGUAGGCACAAAAAUUGUUCUUUUUCUGAAUAAGCCUGAAGAUUAAAAAACAAUUCAAGUGUGGAAACACAUUGAAUACAAAUAUUUGGUAAGUCUGCAUCAUGUUGGAGAGAGAUUUUUGUCUCUACUGUCAAAUGAUACUCAGCACUUAAAAGUUCUAAUAAAAGUUGAAUUGGUU